GGACGCCAUGGACAGGUCAGGUGCGAUCAGAGCGACUCUGGUGCUUCUGCUGCCGCUGAUCUGCUGCUCAGCCGGACUACCUCAGCAGCAGCCCGCCGCCACCGUCAGAGAAUAUUACAUUGCAGCUGUAGAGAUCGGCUGGGACUACAUCCACCUGGAUGACAAUGACCCAGCGUCCGACCAAAGAUGGAGACCCAAAGGCAUUCCUCAAAAAUACAUCAAGGCUGUUUACAGGGAAUAUACAGACUCCACAUACACUGUUCCCAAGCCGAGACCACCUUGGACAGGUAUUCAAGGCCCGGUGAUCGUUGCCCAGGCUACUGAUCGAGUGGUGGUCCAUUUCAAAAACCUCGCCUCUCAGCCCUACAGCAUCAGCCCCGUAGGAAUCACCUACUGGAAACAGUCUGAAGGGGCCGGCUAUGAUGAUGCCACAGCAGGCCAGGAGAAGGAGGAUGAUGCCGUCUCUCCUGGAGGAUAUUAUGAGUACAUUUGGGACAUCAGCCCUAAAGACGGUCCCACCGCCAGUGACCCUGACUGCCUCACAUACUCAUACUCGUCCCAGGUGGAUGCAGUGCGAGACGUCAACUCGGGACUCAUCGGUGCCUUGCUCAUCUGUAAACCAACUGCCUUCACAGAUGAUGGGCAGAGGAGAUACGCGGCGUUCGUCCUGCUGUUUGCAGUGUUCGAUGAGACCAAGAGCUGGUAUGGAGAGGUAGGAGAGAGGCUGAGCAGAGAGAAGUUCAAGAGGAGCGACGGCAGGAAGGAAUACCACACCAUCAAUGGAUAUGUCAACUCUACACUACCUGGUUUGACAGUGUGUCAGGGCCGCACGCCUGUGUUUUGGCACAUGAUUGGGAUGGGCACCGCUCCAGAAAUUCACUCCAUUCAGUUGCAAGAUCACUCUUUGCAGGUACUGACCCAUCGUAAAGUCACCGUGGAGGUGACCCCUAUGACCUUUAUCACUGCAGAAAUGAGAGCCACUACCGUUGGCCGCUUCCUCAUCAGUUGUCAGAUUCCCUCUCAUCAUCAGGAUGGCAUGAAUGCAUUGUUCAAUGUGGAGAAAUGCCGUGAGCCUGUCACCCCGCCGGUUCCUGGCCUGCGAAAGGUCAAACACAAUUACGAUUACAGGGAAGACGAUGAAGACAGCAGUUAUGAGUACCCUGAUGACUUGUUCAACACCAUAAGCUUUCAACCCAAGAAGCCAAAAGUUCAAGCCAGAGCCAGCAGAGGACAGCAGUCCAAAACCUGGGUGCAUUACAUCGCUGCUGAAGAGGUCACCUGGGACUAUGCUCCUCAUUUGGACCCCACAGACAGUGAUUUGCAGUCCACAUACCUGCCUGCUGUUCCCCAUCACCUCGACUACAAGUAUAAAAAGGUUGUGUAUGUGGAAUACACAGACGGAUCUUUCACCCAGAGGAAAAAUCCUGACAACACACUGCUGGGUCCACUUCUGAAAGGAAAAGUCGAUGAUGAGUUCCAUAUCAUUUUUAGAAACCUGGCCAGUCGUCCUUUCAAUAUCUUCCCAAAAGGCCUCACCAAGAUCCUUCCACUGCAGAAGUCCACAAAUGCUGCAGAGAAGGACUUGCGCUCAAUGGGCGUUCCCCCUAACGGGACGUUUGGCUACAUUUGGUCUCUAACGAUGGACGACGGGCCUUUGGAAGGAGACCCCCUGUGUCUGACCCAGCUUUAUCAGAGCACCGUCUCCCUGGAGAGAGACUUGGCCUCUGGGCUGGUGGGCACCCUGCUCAUCUGCAAGUCCAACGCCUUUGAUACCAGAGGAAACCUGUUGGGACCAGAUAAGAAGUUCAGCCUGAUAUUUGCUGUCUUUGAUGAGAACAGAAGUUGGUACUUUGACGAAAACAUGCAGGAGUCAAGCCAAAAGUCCUUCAACACCACAGACCCUGAAUUCUAUAACUCAAAUGUCAUUUACAGUGUAAAUGGCAUAAUGUUCAGUCGGCGUCAGUUUGUGAUGUGUCAGACUGAUGUCCCCUUCUGGCAUGUGGCCAACGUGGGCACCCAAAGUGAUUUCCUAUCUGUCUACUUCACUGGAAACCUGUUUCAGUACCAAGGCAGCUACCGGUCUGUCCUCACUCUCUUCCCCAUGACCGCUGUAACUGUUCCCAUGGAGACCGAGCUGAUUGGUGAGUGGGAGAUCAGUGCUUUUGAUGGCGGCCUCAAGAGCCGGGGGAUGAGCAUCCAUUACACCGUUCGUCCCUGCAACCAUGACGGCCUCCCUUUAGUUGAUCGUGACGAGGAUGAAGAAGACAUCUCCGACUAUCUUGAUGACAUCGAUUUUCAGCCAAGAGGCUUCAAACCUCAAAAUCGCACCAUGUUGGUUCGAGUGUGCAACAAUACUCAGUCACUAAACACUUCUGGUCAAAAUGACACUCAAACUGAAGGGACUGGGGAAGCAUGCCAGCUGAGGAAAGUUACAGUACCGGCGGAAGGGGGAAAACCUGCCUCAGAGGGAGAAAUCCCGCUGGAUAUCUUGGCUGAAAUAGAGAAAGAUGGGGAGUUGACAGUUCCUCAGAAUCAGACAGAACCUGUGGAAAACAGAGGUGGCAGACUGAGAAGACAGACAGAUGGAAACUGGACAGAUGGAGAUGUAAGUUCUGGAGCUUUUGAAGAUGCAGGAACUACAAUAGAGACUGUAGUAGAAGUCGUGGAAAACAUUACUGGCAGUGAGGCUGAAGUGAAGACUGAGGAAUUGAGUGAAAUGCCAAGUGAAAAGAAUACAACUACAGGAGAACGUGUAGAGAGCAACGAGAUCUUACUGGGCAGUGAACCACUGCUGAGCGAGGUCUUAACUGUAGAAUUAAGCAAUUUAGAAGACAUGGAUCAAAACUUAGUACCACAAGACCACAUUCAUAUUGAACCUGAGAAGCUUACAGACGAUCUGGGGGUUCUGAGACCAAACUUCACUGCUGCCAACACCAACAUAACAAGGAUGGAUCUGUCCUUGGAUUAUGAUGACUACAGUCAGGAGGUGAACAGUACUUCAGAAAUAUUUGGCACCUCGCAGAUUGACCCUCGCUCUGGAGAUGCUCCACAUGGCAACUUCUACUACAUCGCAGCAGAGGAGAUCACCUGGGACUAUGGCAUCAGAAAACCACAUCAGCUCAUUAAACCCAGAGAGAUGCGUCGAGGGAUGAGGAAGUUCCUGCCAGAGUAUAAGAAGGUGGUGUAUCGAGAAUACGUAGAUGAACGCUUCCUGAAACCUGUCAGCAGAGGAGAGCUUCAGGAACACCUGGGAAUCAUGGGACCCUCCAUCAGAACUGAGACUGAUGAUCUGCUCACUGUGAUAUUUAAGAACAAAGCACAGAGACCUUACUCCUUUCACCUUCAUGGGGUCUAUGACCGCAGCCAGGGGGCCGGCAUUGCCCAAACCAGUUCCUCCUCUGCUCCACCAGGAGUACCGGGAGAGCCUGUGCCUCCUGGGGAAGCCCGCACGUAUAAUUGGAAAGUAACCCGCAAACAAGGACCCACUGACCCCAAAUUUGACUGCAAGACCGGGGCUUACUACUCCACUGUGGACAAGGAGAGGGACCUUCACUCCGGUCUGAUCGGUCCACUGGUGAUCUGUAAGUCUGGUACGCUCAAGAGUAACCAGACCACAAAGCCAAGCAUUCAGGAGUUUUCUCUGCUCUUCCACACCUUUGACGAAACUAAAAGCUGGUACCUGGAGGAAAACCUGCAGCGAUACUGUGCCCCGCCCUGCCAAGCCAACACCGAGGAUCCCUGGUACCACACCAGCAAUAAGUUUGCAGCAAUAAACGGUUAUGUGGCGGAGACUCUUCCUGGUUUAAUGGUUGCUCAGCACCAGCCUGUCAGGUGGCAUCUUCUGAAUGUGGGAAGUGACAGAGAGUACCACGCUGUGCACUUCCAUGGUUUGCCUUUCACUGUUCACACUCAACAGGAACACCGUAUGGGCAUCUACAGCCUCUUUCCUGGUGUGUUUGGCACGGUGGAGAUGAGACCCCCCACAGUUGGCACAUGGCUCGUGGAGUGCACAAUAGGAGACCACCAGCUGGCUGGCAUGAGGGCUAAACUGAUGGUCUAUAAUCCACGGUGUACCAUGCCACUGGGAAUGAAAUCAGGGAGGAUCGAAGAUUCCCAGAUUACAGCAUCAGAUCACAUAGACAGCUGGGAGCCGAGGCUGGCGAGGCUGGAUCAGUCCGGAUAUAUCAAUGCCUGGAUGGGCAGAAACAGGAGGUCAUGGUUACAGGUUGACCUUCAGAGGCCCACCCUGCUGCACGGUGUGUUAACACAGGGAGUACGGUCAAAGCUCAGGGACCACUACAUCACAUUCUUCACCGUCUCUUACAGCCUGGACCAGGAGUCUUGGACCACUUACAAAGGAAACAACACCAGUCAAACCAGCCGCUUCCGUGGCAACAUGGACAGCUCCAAGGUGAUAGAAAACCGCUUCUUUCCGCCAUUGGUGGCUCGCUACAUCAGGAUCCAUCCGUACCAAUACGUGCAGAGGCCUGCUCUAAGAUUGGAGCUGCUCGGUUGUGACCUCAACAGCUGCUCUUUCCCUCUCGGACUCCAGAAGAGGCAGAUUCAGGACAGCAGCUUCAGCGCCUCUUCAACUUAUUCAUCUCUGCUGCGUAGCUGGAAGCCAAGUCUCGCCCGCCUCCAUCAGGAAGGCCGCACCAACGCGUGGAGGCCAAAGAACAACAACCCCCACGAGUGGCUGCAGGUUGACUUGGAGAAAGUCCGGCGCAUCACAGGGGUCAUCACCCAAGGAGCUCGAUCGCUGCUGACCCAGAUGAUGGUGACCGAGUUCUCAGUCACUAUCAGUCACGAUGGACAGUCCUGGAGCAGCGUGUUAGAGGAGAACACCCAAAGAGAAAAGAUCUUCACAGGAAACAACGACCCAGACGAGGAGGCUCUCACUGUUUUCGAUCCUCCUCUGUUCGGCCGCUUCCUUCGGAUCCACCCGCGGGGUUGGAUCAACGACAUCGCCCUGCGGCUGGAGGUGCUCGGCUGCGACACACAGCAGGGGAUCUGACACCGACGGCACCAGCAGCGUGAAGCAGCCUUUUAGUAGCAGUUUGUUUAGGAGUCAGGAGAAAUGAAAAAUUGUAAUGCAGAGCACUUGUUAAGUUAUAUAUCAACUGUCUGAAGCUACUUUUUUUCUGCAACCACAAACUUUGUUUACAAUUUCACCUCUUUUUUUCCCUCUUGUCAGUAUAAUAUUUAAUCGUUUUAUUACUAUUGUGAAAAAGAGACUGAUUGUUUUUGUUUUUGUAAAGGAAAUAAGUAUGUUUGAGGUCAUUAAGAUGGAUAAAAUGUGUUAUUGUUAAGGACAUUUAGUUUAAAAAGCCAGUUUAAGUUGAGCUACACAUUAUUUAUGUAUUUGUACACAGCUAUGCUAACUACAAAGCAAACUUUAUGAAUGUAAGCCUGUGUAAAUAUUUCAGACGCAGAUGGAUGUAUACAGUUUGACUGGUUGUUAUAUAUCAUUUGAAGAGUAUGUAUUUUUGUGCUUUAUUUGAGUUCUUAUAAACAAUUAUACUAAUAGA